UGGGUAAAUUUCAAUGAACUCAUUGAACUUAUUGAAUGUUCCAUCAGUUCAUAAAUUACCUCCAUUUGUUUUGAUGGAUUGAAUCUCAUUUGAUUCCCUUUAGCUGUGCCGCCUCCACCUCACUCAGUUUUGGCCAUUAGAGACACAGACACCUCAGUUGUGCUGCAGUGGCAAGAACCAAAAGACAAAGACAACAUCCUGGGAUAUUAUCUGUACUACAGCGAAGCAGGAAAACAGGAGUGGAAAACUGUCAACAACAAACCUUUAACGACAACCAGGUUUAUAGUUCACGGUCUGAAGACUUGGAAGGAAUAUGUGUUCAGGGUGAAAUCUGUGAGUCGAGCAGGAAACAGCAAAUAUUCAGAUGAGUCUCACCCCAUCCUGGUCAAAUCAGCUAUUAAUGUUCCCUCACCUCCCUCGGGUAUUGCUCUACUGCUGUGCACCGAAUCAGAGAUGGUUCUGGGCUGGAGGGCUCCUUCCUCUAACGGGGGAAGCUCUGUUCGCGGCUACUACCUGGACCAGAAGGAGAAGGGCAUGGAGUUCUGGAGAGAGGUCAACAUAAAGCCUGCCAAAGAGAAGCAGCUCAGGGUAUCAGACUUGAAAACUGGACAUUUCUACCAGUUCCGCGUCUUUGCUGCCAACGCGGCUGGCGUUGGGAAGCCGUCUGACGCCAGUGAAGCGUUUCUGUGCGAGAAGUGGACAAUGCCAGAACCAGGUUGCCCGUAUGACCUGGAGCUCAGGGAGGUGAGAGACGACUCCCUGGUGCUCCGAUGGGCGUCUCCGCUCUACGAGGGUCAAAGUCCGGUCAGUGGCUACAUGCUGGAAAUGAGCCAGGGAAACCAGUCAGACAACUGGACGAUUCUGACUGCCAAACCUGUUUCUGAAACUCAUUUCAAGGUGACAGGUCUGCAGACAGGUCACACCUACUGCUUCCGUGUGUCGGCUGUUAAUAAUGCAGGUGUUGGUCGUGCUUCCCUGCCCUCUGAGCCGGUCACAGUUCAGACCCAACCAGGAACCAAAGAGAUUAAGAUCGGUGUGGAUGACGAUGGGUUUAUAUUUUUGGGCUACGAGGCUGUUGAGAUGAACGACGACAGCGAGUUUAUCUGGGGCAAAAAUUACACAGAACCCAUCGAUUCUCAGAGAACGAAAGCAGAAACCACAAAGAACAGGUCAGUUCUCACUUUCAAAGACCCAUCUGAGGAAGACCUGGGUCUGUACACUGUGGAGAUGAGUGACAGUCCUCAGCUCUCAUCCAGCUAUGAGUUUACAGCUGAAGACCUCGCACGUCUCAAAGAGCUCAGCUGGCAGGUCAGAAACCCAUUGAUUGCACUGAAGUCAACUUGGCAAGUGGAGGUGUCUGAGAAAGGCGGCGUGCGCCUUUGGCUUCAAACCGAGAGUCUGAGUAACUCUGCUGAACUCCGUCUUGUUUUUAACGACCGGGAAAUCUCCACCUCUCCGCGCCGUAAGAUAAACUUCGACAAGGCCAAAGGUCUGGUGGAGAUACUGUUUGAUCAGCUCUCUCAGGAGGACGAAGGCUCAUACACCGCCCAGCUGAGGGACGGCCGCGCCAAGAACCAAUGCACUUUGGUCUUUGUGGAUCAAAAGUUUCGUGAGAUACUGGCCCAGGCUGACUGGAAUCGAAGGGACAUUCAGAGAAAGACUGGACCUUAUUUCCAGGAAUUUUUGACAUGGAGUGUGAAUAAGGAUUGUGAAUUAAUUAUACAAUGCAAGGUGACAAACACAAAUAAGGACACGUCUUUCAAGUGGUUUAAGGAUGGUCUGGAAAUUAAAGACCUUUCUUAUGAUCAGACAACUGGGAUUAUCUCGCUCUCAAUCUCACAGGUGACGAAGAAAGAGGCCGGUUCAUACAGAGCUGUGGUGUCAGACAGCCGAGGAGAGGAUGUCAGCACCUUGGAGUUACUAGACAACGAGUACGACAAGCUUCUCCAGCAGCUGAGUGAACAAUGCGCAUUGUCAGCCGGUCCGCUGCGGAUUGAGAGCACUGCCGAAGGUUUCAAGAUCUACUCCAGCCUCAGAUACUACAUUAGCUUCCUGAAGACAAGCUGGUACUUCAAGGGGAGAAAUAUUGAUCAAGAGACCAGGACAAAGCCAGGCAGCAGUAUGCAAAAAGUCUGGAUUGAAAUCUUAAACCCAACAGAGAAUGACAAAGGUGAAUACAUCUUGGAGAUGUUCGAUGGCAAAGAGACACACAAACGGCUCUAUGAACUGUCCACAGAAGCAUUUGCUGAAGCCUUGCUGGAACAUCAAAGGUUAAAGCAACUGGCCAUUGCUGAGAAAAAUCGCGCCAAAGUAGUAAAAGGGCUUCCAGAUGUUGUAGCCAUCAUGGAGGGCAAGUCUCUGUGUCUGACAUGCUUCAUUGAUGGCGACCCAGCUCCUGAGAUCUUCUGGCUACGGAAUGACAGAGAAAUCCUUGAUCAGACUCAGUUUACCAUCACGAAGGAGUCCAAGCGCACCUCCAUCACCGUCAACAAGGUUACCACGGAGGAUUCUGGAAAGUAUAGUAUCUUUGUCCGCAACCAGUAUGGCUCUGAAACUGUUGAUGUGACCUUGAGUGUGUACAAGAAGGGUGACAAACCUCCAGCUAAUGCAGUAGAGAUGGGUUAAACUUGCAAAUUGGAGGAAAGCCCCAGUUUUACCCAGUCAGAUAUUUUAUUUUAUCCACCAACAGAAAGUAGGACAUCAUGGUGAUGUGGGAAGAAAAUGAUACAAAAUUUUGAAAUUCUUUUACAAAUUCUUUUAUGAGCACAGCUGGGCAAAUACCUUAUAAAAUACAUUUUUGCAGCAAUUAAAGCUGCAAAUGUCUUAGGUUAUGUAAGCUUUGAACAUCCAAGUUAAUUGCAAAUUAUCUCAGUCAAGCUGAAUAGAGACCAUCUGCAGACAUCAGUUUUCAAGCAGUGACAAUGGACUUCUGAAGGCAAUUGGUUAAACUUCAUGUAGAACAGUCUGGGGCUAAAUAUGAAUUACGUUUUCCUUUUUCUUUUUUUUUAAAUUGUGAAACCCAUUUUUUUCUACAUUGUGUUGGUCUAUAAAGUAAAAUCCCAGUAAAACUUCAUGGGGAGCAAAACAUGGAGUAGCUUAGUGCUACAACCUCCACUUUUGAGAAGUGAAGGUAGCAUAGCUCAAAUGAUACCUGCCACUCAAAAUGAUAGCACUAUUUUUGUUUGUCUGUGUGUUUGCUAUUAUUUUGCAUGUUUAUUUGAGCUAGAUUAAUAGAUCAGGUUAGGUUACAGAAAUAAUUUUAUCAUUGUGAUUGUUUACUAGAUGCUAAUACAGAUUAAAUACAACAGUAAAACCUUUCUGAGCUGGUUUAUUUUGGGGAAACUUAGUUUAGCUUAGUUUUACUUUAGAAGCGAAGAAUACUAGAUUCUUAUGACGCUUCUGUUAUUUUAAUGUUGCAUUUACUUGCAGCCUUUUAGUCUAAAGAUAGAUUUUGGCUGUGGGCCUGAGUUUUUAGAAAAAAAACAGAUGUAUUGUUUGCCUGUUUUGUUGUCAAUAAAACUAUUUCCAACUUAU